AUGCCUAGCGAUCGCUCUUCAAAUCCCAUAGUCAAUCUUUUAGCUGGAGGCUCCGCGGGUCUUAUGGAGGCAUUGGUAUGCCAUCCAUUGGAUACAAUAAAAGUUAGAAUGCAAAUUUACAGAAAAUCAACAGUAGAGAUGAAUGCCGCGGAAAAUUUAGCAAUUAAACCACCGGGUUUUAUUAGGACUGGCACUUCAAUAUAUUCUCAGGAAGGAUUCUUAGCGUUGUAUAAAGGUCUUGGUGCAGUCGUCAUUGGAAUCAUACCCAAAAUGGCCAUAAGAUUCUCUUCGUAUGAAUGGUACAGAUCUCUAUUGGCAUCUCCAUCAACUGGUACGGUCUCGACGGGAAAUACUUUCAUCGCCGGUUUAUUAGCGGGCGUCACAGAAGCGGUAAUGGUAGUCAAUCCAAUGGAAGUAGUCAAAAUAAGAUUACAAUCACAACAUCUUACAACAACAACCACGAAAAGUAUCACGGCGAAAUAUAAAAAUGCAAUUCAUGCCGCUUAUACAAUAGUUAAGGAAGAAGGUCCAAGAGCUUUAUAUAGAGGUGUUUCAUUAACUGCCGCUAGACAAGCAACAAAUCAAGGUGCAAAUUUUACAGUUUAUUCAAAAUUAAAAGAAUAUCUGCAGAAAAAUCAAAAUUUAACAACUUUACCCUCCUGGCAAACUUCUUGUAUUGGUCUCAUAUCAGGCGCAAUUGGACCCUUUUCAAAUGCUCCACUUGAUACAAUAAAGACAAGGUUACAAAAAGAUAAAUCAAUCAAGAGUGAUAAAACUUCUUCGUGGAAGCGCAUCGGUGCAAUUGGCUCACAAUUAAUCAAAGAGGAAGGCUUUAGAGCUUUGUAUAAAGGUAUCACUCCAAGAGUUAUGCGUGUCGCGCCAGGUCAAGCUGUCACUUUCACCGUUUACGAAUUUAUAAGGAAAAAAUUAGAAUCAUUCAAAUUAUUUCAAUAA